CCAGGCGUGCAUCCUGGGUAAGGAAAUCUGCCUCAGAAAGGUAGAACGGGACCUUACUUUGGAAGAGCAUGCCCGAGUGUGCUGCGACUGCGCACACUGACUCAGACCUGGCCCGGGGCUGUCAGUCACCUGGAUGGAGGGUCUCCUGGGCGAUGUGCACCUCCAGCCGCCUCCCUAGCUCCAGUCAAGAUGCCGUCUCCCAGCAGUGGAGUUCACUCUCCAUCUCUGCCUCCAUGCUUUCCCUCAACGCCUUGGUACCUAUCCAAGAGUGAUCUAGAGUUUCCUGCCAGGCUCAAAACAGCUGACGCGCGGUCUCCAUCAUUUCCUAGAAAAAGGGAGGAGAAAAUGAUCGAAUUGCAGGAGAUGGUGACCUUCAGGGAUGUGGCCGUGGUCUUCAGCAAGGAGGAGCUGGGGCUGCUGGACGCUGCCCAGUGGAAGCUGUACCGAGAGGUGAUGCUGGAGAACUUCAGGAUGCUGCUCUCAGUGGCACAUCAGCCCUUCAAACCGGGUCUGAUAGCCCAGCUGGAGAAUGAAGAGCAGCUUUGGCUGGUGGAGGCAGAAGCCCAUGCAGGUGGGCUCUCAGGAAGAAGGAGUGGACAUGCUGUGGAGAACGCUGAAGACGUGGAAGUAAACUCCCUUUGUCCCAAGGAGCUCCCCUCCUGUCAGACCUGGCCGUGGGGUCCAGGCACAUUACCCAGGGGUCAAGAGUUCCUCAAAAGAUGCCAAGGGAGUAACGGUGAAUCUCAGGGCCAAGAAGCAUCUCUUCGCCUGGGGUGGGCAGGAAUGCCCAUGCGGAUUCCUGAAGACGGGAGUUACGGACUGCCUCCUGCACGCGAAGACUCCGCUUCUAUGAAAAAUCAAGAGUUUCCUUCUCUGAGAUCCCAGCCAUCUCAGGGGGAACCACAUCUCGGCAGGCCAUGCGUGUCGUGCCAGUGGAAAGGUCAGCAGACAUCCAUAAGAAAUCACUUCUGUAGGUGUGGCAGCGUCGGCUGGUCCUCCUACCACAGUGACAGUGAGGAGCUACAUGGCAAAGGAAAAAGCUAUGGUUUCCAUGACCACAGAGGAAAGACGGUGAAGGUAUCGUUACUUAAUCAGGACUUUAUUAAAUUAGGGCCAGAGCCCUGCCCACAUACCAAGUGCAGAGAAGCCUGGGGCCAUGACGACAAUGGCCACAGCUCUCACACACAUCAGCAUUGCCACUCAAGAGGGAAGCCGUGUACACAGAGUCUGUGUGGAGAGGGCUGUGGUGAUAGGUCAGCCCUUCACGCUCAUCCAGGUCUUGAGGCAGGAGAUGAAGGUACUGCUGGGAGCCCACCUCUGCAGUCUUCUCCGAGAGCGUGUACGGAGCAAGCGCCAUGCAAGUGCAGUGGGAAUGUCCACCAUGGUUCCCCUCUUAAAACUUGUGGGUGUGCCCACCCAGACAGCACCUCCCAGACAUGCAGCAUCCCAGAGCAAGCUGUUGGUAGUCCUGUCCACCGCAAUAGUACUUUUGGGGCCCAUCCUAGGGAAGAGCCCAAUAAUUAUGAGGAGAAUGGGUAUGUUUUUAAUCAGAGUUCAUGUCUUCAAGUUAGUCGGAAAAUCGGUGCUGAAGAGAAGCUAUGUCAAGGUGUGGAGUGUAGAAAAAGUUUCACACACUGCUCAAAUCUGAACAUUCUACACAGAGUCCAUGUGGAGGAGACUCUCUGUAACCCUGAUUGUGGUAACCACUUCAGUUUGCCCCCAUAUUUUCAGGACUUUCCAGGAGUGCAUGCCAGGGGACAACCGCACAAUCAUUUGUGCCAUACAGGCUUCAGUCAGACUUUGUGCCUUCAAAGGCAUCAGAAACUCCACAUUCGAGAAAAGCCUUUUCAUAGAGAGGGCGGAAGUAGCUGUAACUGGAGUUCUACCCCCAAGGAUCGUCAGAAACAGAAACUGCACAAAUGUAAUGUCUGUGGGAAGGGCUUCAGUCACAGAUCAGUUCUUAGCAUUCAUCACAGAAUCCACACAGGAGAGAAGCCAUACAAGUGUGAGGAGUGUGGAAAGGGCUUCAGCCGGAGUGCAUACCUUCAAGCCCACCAGAGAGUUCACACCGGAGAGAAGCCAUACAAGUGUGAGGAAUGUGGGAAGGGCUUCAGCCGGAGUGCAUACCUGCAAGGUCACCAGAGAGUUCACACCGGAGAGAAACCGUACAAGUGUAAGGAGUGUGGGAAGGGGUUCAGCCGGAGUUCACACCUGCAAGGCCACCAGAGAGUUCACACUGGAGAGAAACCAUACAAGUGUGAAGAGUGUGGGAAGGGCUUUAGCUGGAGCUUUAACCUUCAAAUCCAUCAGCGGGUUCACACUGGAGAGAAACCCUAUAAAUGUAGAGAGUGUGACAAAGGCUUUAGUAAGGCCUCAACUCUCCUGGCCCACAAGAGAGUCCACACAGGAGAGAAACCUUACCAGUGUCAUGAGUGUGGCAAGAACUUCAGUCAGAAAUCCUACCUUCAAAGUCAUCAGAGUGUCCACUCUGGAGAGAGACCAUAUAUAUGUGAGGUGUGUGGGAAGGGCUUCAGUCAAAGAGCAUAUCUACAAGGUCACCAGAGAGUCCACACUCGAGUAAAACCAUACAAAUGUGAGGCAUGUGGGAAGGGCUUCAAUCAGGGUUCACGCCUCGAAGCACACCGGAGGGUCCACACAGGGGGAAAACCAUUCAAAUGUGAGACCUGCACAAAAGGAUUCAGUGAGAGUUCCCGCCUCCAGGCACAUCAGAGGAUCCAUGCAGAAGGAAGACCCUACAAAUGUGACCAGUGCGGUAAGGGCUUCAGUGGCUAUUCCAGCCUCCAAGCCCAUCACCGAGUCCACACUGGGGAGAAGCCAUACAAAUGUGAGGUGUGUGGGAAGGGCUUCAGUCAGAGAUCGAAUCUCCAAGCUCAUCAGCGCAUACACACAGGAGAGAAACCCUACACAUGUGACGCAUGUGGUAAGGGUUUCCGUUGGAGCUCAGGCCUUCUGAUCCAUCAAAGGGCCCAUAGCAGUGAUAGAUUCUAUAGGAGUAGAGAGUGUGGGAGCAGUUAUUCCCCUAAGAACCUAUGCAGAAAUGAAGGCCUGUAAAAUGCUGUUCUGCUUUUUUAAUGGAGAUGUACUAUUUGGACCCACCAUGAGCAUUGGACCCACCAUGAGCACUGACAGUGGUUGGGAACAGUCACAGCAGAGAGCUCUAAUGAAACGGCUCUACUGAGAUUUUUAAAACCUCAACAAGCUAUGGCGGAGAACCAAGAACUUCCCAACUCCACACAGUUCAAUGGGGAUUAACAAAAGAAUGAUAUCUAUGUCCGCUAGAAUGUAAGCUUGGUGAUAGAGGAAUGUGCCCGCCGCCAAGGCUGCUGGAGUGUGACUGGAGAGAUGGCUCAGCAGUGACAAACGCUGGCUGCUUUUGAAGAGGACCACCACAUGGCAGCUGUCUGACAACUUCCUGGUGCCCAGAUAUAUGUGCAGGCAAAACACUCACUGAAAAAUAAAUACAUAAAAUGGAUCCAUGCUGCUCCUUUAUAACUUAAAGUAUCUUUGCUCUAUGAGUAAAAAUAUGCAAAGAAACAACAUUUGAAACUUAAAUUUAUUUCAAAAUGGAUUAGGAGAGAUCAAGAUAUGCAAGAUAUCUUAUAUCAGUGCAAAUAAAUGAGUUCCAUUUGAAAUAUAGGACCUUCAGGAAUAUUUUCAUCUGCAAUAACCACAGUUUGGUUAGUUAGCAUCCCCUUGUCUUGUCCUAAGCAGACAGGUGCACAAUUCCUUCUUCUCUAGGGUGUACUGCUCUGGUCCUCUGCAAGAUCAGCGGAUGCUUUUAGUUGCUGACAUCUCUCCUCUUGCUCAUGCAUCUCUCGUCAGCCACCACUUGCAAGGGAGUACUGUGUGAGCUCGUGGUGGUUUCAUCA